GCGCCGGCAGCGCGGAGGGCUGGGCCGCUCGCCGCAGCGCUCGGCUCCGCUCCGCCGUCGAGAGGAGGGAGAGAGGAGAGGAGAGAAGAGAGAGAGAGAGAGAGAGGGACGGGACCGCCGCGCCCAGCCCCGCCGCCCGCCGCCCGGCCCGCCGCCGCCCCGCUCGCCCCCGCCGCCCGCGCGAAGAUGGCCGGCUGGCAGAGCUACGUGGACAACCUGAUGUGCGAUGGCUGCUGCCAGGAGGCCGCCAUUGUCGGCUACUGCGACGCCAAGUACGUCUGGGCAGCCACGGCCGGCGGCAUCUUCCAGAGCAUCACGCCAGUAGAAAUAGAUAUGAUUGUAGGAAAAGACCGGGAGGGUUUCUUCACCAAUGGUCUGACCCUUGGUGCAAAGAAGUGCUCCGUGAUCAGAGAUAGCCUGUACGUCGAUGGCGACUGCACGAUGGACAUCAGGACAAAGAGCCAAGGCGGGGAGCCGACGUACAACGUUGCUGUAGGCAGAGCUGGUCGAGCAUUGGUUAUAGUCAUGGGAAAGGAAGGUGUCCACGGAGGGACACUCAACAAGAAAGCAUAUGAACUGGCUUUAUACCUGAGGCGGGCUGACGUCUAAGCAGCCUCUCCCCAUCCACCUAGCAGCUCUUCACCACCGCCCAGCUGUGUUCAGUGCUACCAGACCGUAGUGGUAGUUUGUGUUUUUUAUUUACCCAUUCCCUCACGUCAUAAUUCCAGUUCCCCCUCGCCCAGUUCUGUGUUAACCGCUCUGUGUAACCGAGUCCCGUUCCUGCACCACCGCUGCACCACGACGAUAUGCAUGAUACCGUGACAGGCUUGGGAGGGGAACACGCCAAGUGUAGGCUCUGCUUUGUCUUAGCAAUUAGUGUGACACUGACAACUAAAAAACAACGUAAAUACUAAACAAGGUGCCGAUUGUACAAUCUUAAUUUGAUCAAUGCCUCUUCAGCACUUUGAGCGAUUACACAGCUCGCUGGUCUUCCUUUCACAGAGCACGGUUGGGAGGAAAAAGUGCAUGCAUAUCUCGACUUCUGUCCCUCUUGGUUUUUUUAAACCCACAUUUGUUGGCUUACACCCAUUUUUUAUAGUGCCUGGUUUGUUUAACCGAUUUGCCACUCAAAAGCUAUUAACGUGAUGUUGGUUUUGUCGUUGCACUUUGCUGUAGGCUUAAGUCAUUUCUUUUUCCUUCACCGUGUCUGAAGCUCGGACUGCGUUAACAAGUGCAAUCACAAAACUAGGAAAGGGUACAGAUGCGCUUCCUCCCGUGACCGCACAGCCACCAUCCCGAGCGGAUCCCCACACAUUCCAUCCUUGCAAUAGCUCAGGCACGUUUUUUUUUUUUUGCCAGCUCCUGUUCUUGUAGUUGAAUUGCAAAAGGCUGCCAUCGCGGGCAUUGCGGUCCCAGCACCACCAGCUGGAGGCUGUCUGGUUUCAGUCUCGUAGGACCAAUUUUACUUUGCAGCUCGGAGGAGGUCGUGGGGGGGCAUUUUUUUCUUAGUUUUUGCUUUUUAAGAUGAAACUACAGCGUCGUUGCGGAGAACUGCCGCCUUCAGCCACAUCAGGAGCUCCGACUGCUGCCAGUCUCUCUGCCAGCUUGCGUACUGGUAUAGAGCUCAGCUGCUUGGAAGCCGCCGUUUGGCUGAGGGUCGGCAGUUUGAGCGCGAAGCUGACGCGGUGACGCCCUUUCCAAUUCGGAGUCGUCAUUUGGCCCUCACAUCCCCUGCUGCAGAAACCAGGGCGGGCUCGGCCUUGCGCCCCCCGCAAUGUCUGUCACCACACACAGUUGAGGCACGGCACCACCCCGUGUGUCCCACCACAGAGAACCGCAGCGCUUUGUGCACGAGAAUAAAUGGGAGAUGGUAUUGGUUGGAAUAACUGACUUGGCUGUCUUGUGAUGAAUUUUUCAAUAUGUAUUUUGUGCCAUACUAUUGUUUAAAAAAAAAAAAAAAUGAACUGUUGCUAUUGUGAGAUGGAUUUUAACUGACUGCGAGGGUUUCUUUCGAACGGCACUGCUUUAGGGACAUUCUAGUACUUGCUUCUGUUGUUGGGCCUUGUGGAUAAUGUACAGAUUUAAACAAUUCUUGUUGCUGAUUUGUCCAUUUCUUUCCCUGCACUUUGUUACAUCUGGGAUACAGUCUAACUCAUCUGAUUUAAUAUGCAUUUCAAAAAAUGCCAUAACUAUUAAAAAACACCUUGUUUACAGACAGAUGAAAUAAAUUUAUUCCAACCAAACAAA